UUUACAUUAUAUUUUUUCUAGUCUAGAAUUUUGACUAAAUUAACCGUAUUUUCUAAUUAUUAAGUGAUAUUGAUAUAUUUUUAACAUUAUAAACUUGUUAUCAUGAAGUAUUUCUGUCACGAUUAAAACAUCUGAAACAACAUCAACAAUAAUCAGUAUGGCAUCAGUUGUAUCUCUUUCUGUGAAAAAUUUACCUAAAAAGGCAGACAGUCUUUUCAAAUCAACUGAAUUUGCAGAAAUAUUAGAUGUUGAUCAGGAGUUACCACCAUUCUCAGAGUUAAUACCAUCACCAGCAUUUACAUAUCCAUUUGAACUUGAUACAUUUCAAAAACAAGCAAUACUCUGCCUGGAAGAUAAAAAGAAUGUAUUUGUUGCUGCUCACACUUCUGCCGGUAAAACAGUUGUCGCUGAAUAUGCCAUUGCCCUAUCAAUUAAACGAAAUUUAACUCGUGUUGUGUACACUUCACCUAUCAAAGCUCUAUCUAAUCAAAAAUUUCGUGAUUUUUGUACUACCUUUGGUUCAUCUAAUAUUGGCAUUUUAACAGGUGAUGUUCAAAUUCGGAAUGAAGCUCCUUGUUUAAUUAUGACUACAGAAAUAUUAUUACACAUGUUAUAUCGAGGAGCAAGUCUAGUUCAAGACAUUGAAUGGGUUAUUUUUGAUGAAGUUCAUUACGUGAAUGAUCCAGAACGUGGUCAUGUUUGGGAAGAAGUUUUUAUUAUGUUACCUCAUCAUAUAAAUAUUGUUUUGCUUAGUGCAACUGUUCCUAAUGUGGUGGACUUUGCUGAUUGGCUGGGAAGAACUCGUAAAAGUAAAAUUCAUGUCGUUUAUACUACUAAGCGUCCAGUUCCAUUGGAACAUUAUUUGUAUACUGGAUGUGAUGGAAAAACAAUUAAUGAAAAAUUUCUUCUAAUCGAUAGUCAAGGUAAAUUACGAGAAGAAAAUUAUCGUAAAGCUAUGGCAGCCAAGAAAGAAAGAGAAUCAAAAUAUCACAAGAGUUUUGGACCUAUUAAUAAGUCAUCAAUGGGAUCAGAUAAAACUGUUAGACAAACUUAUAUUACAGUUAUUCGACAUUUAGCUAAAGAGCAACAACUUCCAGUUAUUAUUUUUACAUUCUCUCGACGACGAUGUGACCAAUAUGCUCGUAUGCUUGCAAGUCCUUUGGAUUUAACCACAGCAGAAGAAAAAGGAAGAAUUCAAAGAUUUAUUCAUCGAUCUUUAUUACGUUUAAAAGCUGUAGAUCGAUCUAUUCCUCAAAUCAAAGAGAUAACUGGAUUGUUGAAAAAUGGUUUAGGUAUCCAUCACAGUGGCAUUUUACCUCUUCUCAAAGAAAUCACAGAAAUAUUAUUCACUGAAGGAUUGGUUCGAGCACUUUUUGCUACUGAAACAUUUUCCAUGGGAAUAAAUAUGCCAGCUCGUAGUGUAAUAUUUGAUUCAAUUCAAAAGCAUGAUGGUAAAGUUUUUCGUGAUUUAGAACCUUCAGAGUACAUUCAAAUGGCUGGUCGUGCAGGUCGUCGUGGUAAAGAUAAAACUGGAAAUGUGUUAAUACUUUGUAAAGGUGAUAUACCUGAAAUGUCUAUUCUUGCUCGGAUGACUGUUGGUAAAGCAACUGAGCUUCAAUCGCAAUUUCGGUUAACUUAUUCUAUGAUAUUGAAUAAUUUAAGAGUUCGAGAACAUAUUAGAAUUGAAUCAAUAAUGGAAAGAUCUUUUGGUGAACAUCAACCCAAAAAAUGUCAACUUGAAUCAUGUGAAUUUUGUGGUGACCUUAGGGAAUUUUGUAAUGAUGUAAUUGAUUGUCGUCGAUUACGUAAAGAGGCAAUGCCAAUUAUUUGUCGUCAAUUGGUUGAACUUAAAAAAAUGAAAAUUAAUGGCCGGUUAAUUGUUUUUGAUCAUGAAGAACAUCCAUUUAUGUUGGGAAUAAUUUAUGAUUCCCGAACAGCUUCAAAGGAGACAAUAUUUGAUGUUUUAGGAUUAUUUCCAGAAGAUAUUGUAUCAUACAAUGGAGAAGUGAAUAAUUUACGAUUUAUUUCAACCAAAGUAUUUCCAUCUGAUAUAAUAAUGAUAUUGAAAGAUAUUGUGGAUGGAGCUGAUUUUCGGAUUCAACGAGAAAAAGAUGGAUUAUCAUUAAGUGAACGACCAGUGACAAAAAAAUGUAUUGAAAAUACUCUCAACUUAUUAGCUGGUCAUAGUCAUGAAAGACCCUUAUCAUGUUCAAUGGGAAUCUUUUUUCUGGAUGAAAUUGAUCCAAUUAAAGAAAUGGGUCUUAAUAAAUUGGAUCAAGUAGAAGUAUUUGAUUCAUUAGAGGUUAAACGGAAUCAUCUUCGAUCACGUGAAUGUUUAAUUUGUCCUAACUUUUUAAAUCAUUUCAAGAUAAUGAUGACUCGUAUUUCACUGGAAACCAAAUUAAGUCGUGCCAAAUUUGAAUUAUCCAGGGAAAGUUUAAGUUGUCUUCCUGAUUAUGAGUGUAAAGUGAAAGUACUCAAAAGUUUAGAUUAUAUUACAGAUGAUGAAGAAAUGGUCCUAAAAUUGAAAGGAAAAAUUGGUUGUUCAAUGUCUGAACAUGAAUUGAUUUUAACUGAGCUUAUUACUGAAAAUCUUCUUGCUGAUCUCUCUCCACCUUACAUUGCCUCUUUAUUAUCUAUUUUUGUUUAUCAACAAAACUCUGAGCCACCUGAAUUCGAUGAAACUAUGAAAAAACUUCUUACCAAAACGCGAGAUAUUGCAUUAAAUAUUGGACAACUUCAACAAAAAUUUGGAAGUAAAAUGCCUGCUCAAGAUUUUGUUAAUCAAUUAAAAGAUGGUCUUAUGGUUGUUGUCUAUAAAUGGGCCUGUGGAAUGCCUUUUGCCGAGAUCAUGCAGUUAACACAAGUUCAGGAAGGUUUAAUUGUUAGAUGUAUUCAAAGACUUGAUGAAUUACUUAAAGAUCUCAAAGGUGCUGCUGAAGUCAUGGGGAAUCCAAAUCUUGCUGAAAAAAUGGAUGAAACCUCUGAGAAAAUAAGACGUGAUAUUGUCUUUGCUGCUAGUCUAUACAUUCAAGAUGAUGAAGGUGAUAUCGAUGAUCAAAUCAUUGAUGAAGAUGAACUAAUUGGUGAACUGAUGGCACCGUGAAUUGAUAUUACUCUGUAAUAUUAAACAUAAAACUCUUUGCCUUUUUUGUUAACUAAAAUUAACUUUUCUUGUUAUAUCAAUUUACAUUCACUUUAAAUGUAAUAGAUAUGCAAAUCAUGUUAACAUAUUUACUAAAAUCAUGUUUGAGAAAAGUAUUUUAGAAUAUUUUUACCUUUUUUUCUUAUUUAUUAUAUUAUAAUUUUCUUCUACUAAUUGCUUGUAAUAAUAAUCAUGAAACAAUUCAUCAUUAAAUCCAUAAUCAAUAUAAA